CCAUUGAGCAAUGUACUUUUUGAAGUAGCCCUGUUUCGUGCUGCUGUAAAAGGGGUUUUGUAUAAACAUGGGUCACAAGUGCUGUCAUGCAGAGGCACAAGUCCACAAAACUUGUUAUUUCCUUUUGUAUGAGUUCCUUUGUUUCCAAAUGCAUGAUGUCUUUUCCAUUUCUCUUUUUUUUGUCUUUUUGUCAUUGCUUUUCCUUCUGUCCUCACCACCAUCAUGUUCCUGUUUCAUAAACGCACAAACACGGUCACAGCAGCAGUCAGGAUCAGGACUGUCGGAAGCACACUGCAGUGGUUCUGUUGAACUCAAACGGUAAAACAUGUCAUGGUUCAGAAGGUAUUUCCGUGGCCACCCUCUGCACAGACGCCAUUCCCACCUCCAAACACACCAAACAACGAGACUGGCUCUCCCUGCUCCGCCCAUCCUCCGCAAACCUCCGCCCAAACGGCUCGCUCAAGUUUUCACUGUCUUUGAACGAUGUGGGCCAACGUGUGGACAGUCUUUGUCGUGGCCUGCACUUCAUAGACCGCACCUGCUCCGAGGGGGAGCUGGAGAAGCCAGAGCCCGCUAUGCCACCUGGCGCCGAUCGAAGGGCGCACACACUCAACGGCAAGCUGGCUGCAGCACCCACACACCAGAUCCCAGCCUUCUCCUCAAAUACCCACCCCCAGCUUGUCCCCUCCUUCUCAAACAACUACAAAUACAUGUUGGGCGUCCCUCCCAUCAACUGUCCCCCACCUGACCCUGUCACCAUCGCCCCUCCUCCUCCUCCUGUUUCCAACAACCACCUCCACCCUCAUCACUCUCCGAGCGCUAACUUCCUCCGUCUCCUCCUUCCCUUCUCUCGAUCCUCUACCUCGGCCAGCCUGCACUGCUCUGAGCUGGGCAGCAAUGACUCUCACAUCCACUUCAAGUCCUCCGGCGCCCCGCUGGAAGGCAGUCAGUUUGGGUUCCACGUCGAGGAUCUGCUGGGAGAUGACGACGUGUUUGAGGAGGACCGGAACAGUGUAGCUCGAAGGGGAACAUGCCAGCUGGGCGACCUAGGAGCACUCACCGUGGAUGGGUCAGGUUCUCUGCAAGCCCCCCUGUGUUUUAUGGACCCAGACAGCGACUUGGACUGCUGCCCGUCCCCUUUGUCCGAGAAAACUGGGCCACUGUCACCGUAUUCACUUUCUGGAGACUGGUGCAGGUGGGUGACUGUCUGGAUGGUAUAAUCGACACCCACCCUUCCUUUGACUUGAUAGAGCCCAGAUCCUCCCUGUGCCGUUAACGUGGCAGUGAACCCCAGAGCCCUGUGGCGUAGUGGAGAGCCUCUCAUCCUGUAACUACCCAGCAAAUAUCCUACACCACAGCAGUAUUUGUGCUAAUAACCCCUGUUUGGAGUGGAGCUGACGCAUAGAUGCACAAUGCAACACCAUUAACUGUCCUGAUCCAACCCCUCCCUCGUGUUUUUAACAGAAAUAUGACUUCAUUUCAUACCAUUUCAUUCCACUUCAGUUAUUUCAGUAUCCUUCACUGUGCUGUUUUAAAAAAAAUGUUCUCUGUUAAGAGGUCGAUGAAGCAUUAAAGUGUCUUACAUAGCCUGGCAGAAAUGUGCGAUUGAUUUUGCCUAUAAACUGUCAUCUUUGCAGUAGAGGUGGGAAUAGGGGGCAAUGGCAAUGUUAAGAGAAAGAUAGAGGGUCAGAGGUGAGAGGAGUGUUAGUUCCUCUGAGAAAUAGUGUAACAGACACUGCACAAUAAAAGUUGAUCCUAUGGAGUCUGUCUCAUUAGGUCAACAGGGCCAUCGAAAGUCUUUUUCACUUAACUGUCUGUGUGCAAUCUGAUAGCCAGGCAAAGGUAAGAAGGACAGAGUGUACAGAAUAUUUUGCUAAAGACCAGGUCAUGGCUUCCUGGUCUCUACAGGUCAAGUGUGUAAGCAGUAGAGCUCUCUAAGUUGCCAAGAAAAACAUAUUGAGCCCUACAUAGAUCCAGUUUGGACUCUGUAUCUGUCUGUCGAUGCUUGGCCUUGCAGCUGUAGAAGUGGAUGGAUGACUGUUAAGUCUGAAACACUAAAGAAUUUCAAUUAUAUAUAUAGAAUUUCUCCUUUACCUCUACACUGUGGUCUGUACAUGUUGUUCAGUCCAGAUUAUACAUCCCAUACGUCAGCUGUGUGCUGAGAUAGCAACAUGAGCUUAGAAUUGGCAAGGUGAUCAGAGAUCAGGAGACAGAUUAUUGGCUUCAAAUAGCCUGGGCAGUCUCUGACCUCACACAAACACACAUCGUGGGAGCUUUCUGUCAGGUGGCGUGAGGCGUGAGCUCAGACUGACCUGACCUGUAAAGGUGCUAGCAGGCUGUUGUUUUGAACAGAGGAAUGGCAUGUUACUUAUAAGCUAGCUCUUUCAUUGACAUUUCAGAAAGUAAUGAUUGGAAGUCUUUGAAGAACUGUCACUUCCCUUAUCAGAAAUGUUGCAUUUGAGGGGAAAUUUAAAGGUACACAUUCCCGCUCUAACUUUUGGAAUGCAUUACUUUUCUCAUUUUAUAUUUCCUGACUUUGAAGAAAAUAUGCAUCACAUAUAUAGAUGUACACUAGCUACAGUAGUUGUUUUCAAACUUGCUUUUUGUUGGUGCAUUUCUAUGUUAAUUACACAUCUGUUGAUCAGCAGAAUGGCAUUUAACAGGAGUCUUAACCGCUCUUAGUAUCUUUUUUGUAUCUUCGAAAGUUCUUGCUAUUUUGAACACUUGCACACUCUGCUCUUUAGCACUGUCUUCCUCUUUGGGCCUUAAGCAUGAACUACUAGAGCGGCAGACCGAACAACGUUAUUGUACAGAACAGGCACGGAAACGUAGUUCCAUAUAGCUCCACAGCAUACCUUUCAAGCUUUUACAUUUAACAAUGCAAACCACUGGAGUCUAUCUCAUUUCUAAACUGUCCUCCUGAAGGUGAGUUUCUCAGCGGAUGUAAUAUUCUCUUUUGAAGGAAGCCUUGAGUGGCAAGUGACCUCUUAAGGCACAGAGCAGAGAGGAGUAAACAGAGAGAUGGUUUACUGUUGUGCUGCCUCUUAGGCCGUGUUUUUUCUCUGAUCACUGUGCAAAAGUGAAAUAGAUUUGACUGAAAACAGGCUGAGAACGGUUAGAUAAUAUCACACUGUCCCCUGAAGAACCCCAUGACAUUUUUUUUACAGAAAUGCAAAAAAGCAGAUGGUGUUCUAAAUGAAUUGUAAAAUAAAUAGACAUUUCAGGACAAGAGCAGGGCAAGGAGUAGCGGGUAGGGGGUUUAAAGCGAUACAUUGAGCAGGUGAAGAGUUAAUAGAUGGCCUAAAUGCCAAACGAGAAAUACCAGGAAGCAGACAAGAAUGAACAGGAAGAAAGUGAAUGUCUCACCAUGACAGUAAUGUUGCUGAGCUUGUUUUCCUCUCUUGUUGUUGCUUGAUUUUCUUUUUCUUCUCAGAUUUGAAUCUUAACCUGCUGUUAUGAAUUCUCUGUCAUCUUUAAAUUACUGUAAAACGUGGUUUGUUUUGACUGCUAAAGCCAUGCAAAUUACAUUGUUCCUUCCCCUCCGUUACCUGAUAGUGCUGCUGCUGACACACACACAGUUGAUGUAGCUUCGGGAUUAUUCUGUGAAAUGGAUCAAAUAAACUUUAAAUGACAAA